GGGUGCGGGCUCUGCCUCUGAACCGACUCUGUGCUUGGUCUGUGCUUUUCUCUCCCUGUUCCUCAGCCUGCGCCCUGGCUUCGCUCGUAGUAUGGCAACACGUACGGUGCGGUCAGCAGCGACAAGCCCUCGGUCUGCCCGGCGCCGUAACGUACCCCAUGGUGUGCGAACCGGGACGUGGAGCUGGCUGCCCCUGCGCUCCUCCGGCCUCACUCGCUGUAGUUAGCUUGGGCGAGUGGCCGUAACUUUGCAAAGAACUGCCAAGCGUUGAACCCUCUCCUCACAUGAGGAAACCUUUUCCCCGUUUUGCAAAUGAGGAUCUGAAGCAAAUGGCCAUUAAGAGACUUGCCUGUGGUGGUGCAGGAAGUCUGGGGGAGAGUUGAGUUUGCUUCCUUUGCUACAGAAUUGCAGCUCUCUAAGAGUGCAGGUCUCUGCAAACCAACUCUAAAGCAGAGAGGUGUGUGUGAAAUGAAUGUAUGGUCUGUGUAGCUUGCACUCAGGCUUUUUGUUUUGGGGUGGGUGCUGCAAAAACAUUAGCUUGUUAGGAAGUAAGGGUUUUCUUAUCUCGGGAAAGAAGCGUGUUGCUUACAAAUGCUAUCUCUUCUUAUACACCCUUGUGUGUAGACAUUAUUUUAUUAUUUUCACACAGAGGUGUCACCUGGUGAAUGUCUGAACACAUGCGAGUGAAAGUGCCUAGAGGCUGGCUGUCUUAGACUGAGAUUUCCAACUGAAGUAGGUUAGGCAAGUAGCAUUCUUGAGAAAGGUGCAUACGUGUUGAUGGAGGGCAAACACCUGUUAGUUUGGAGGCUGUAAAUGCUUAAAUGCUGCAUAUACCAUCAUAUAAAGGUUCAGUCAAAGUAUGAGCAUCACAUGGCUAAUUUGUCUGGUACGUGCCUAUUCAGAGAAAAGCGCUGAGGAGUGAUGCCAGAGUAGUAGUGUUUAACGGUAGCCUUUCCUGCUGCUCCAGUAGCAAGAUGGAUGUCAGCAAAGCAUGCAAUACUCCUCAUCUGUGCUCUCUCUCUUUGCCCCUUCCAGUAAGGGUGAAACUGGAGGCAGCUAUCAAAGGAUAAUAGGUAGUUUUGCAUGUUUUAGCCAAUAGCCAAGGAAAUAAGAGAAGUUGGCUUGUAGGAAGAAAUAAUACUAGCCUGGCUGUGGUGUAUUUAGGAGAAGGAAGGUGGGAAAGCAAAAUGGUCGAGCUUUUUGGUCCUAUGAGUCCAGAAACUUGUCUGUUCUUUUCUUUCAAGCGAGUCAGUUGGUCUGAUGCAGUGGUUUUCGAUUCUUGAACAAUGGCCCGUUCACACUUUGCACUAGUGGCACAGAGCUGUUUAGAAAUGUCUGUACAGCUUCAUGGCAUACGCAGGCUUGCUUUUGUUAGUCACCUUUGCAGCACCUGUCAAAUAGCCCAGGGACUGCUUUGUGAAAACUAUUGAUUUUAGAAGAUAUUUCCUCUCUGUGAGCCCUGCCAGUUUCAUGUUUGUGUUGUGUUUUUUCUGCUCUUCCUGUGAAAAGACACUGGUGUGUCUUGACGUCUGCAAGCUGCAGAGAGCUGGACUUGGGAACACUGAUUUGUGUUGCUUUGGAACUUUUAAGGAAACGUCUUUGGUGUUAAGGAAAAACUGUGAAGCUGAAAUCAGGAAAGCUGAGUCAGAAAUGUCUCUUCCCAAAGCAAAUAUGACUGUAGUUUAAGGAAUUACAGUAGUGAUUAGCGAAGUCAGAAACCAGAAGCAGAGAAGCAACAAGACUGUUGUGUACUGUAAGCUGGAGAGUUUUUCUUAUCUUAAUGAAUUUUGCCUGUGAUGCAUGUACCUUUUUGGAGAUGCUUCCAACCUCAUGCCAUGCUGUGAAUGUAUUAAGCCACUUCUGAUGAAGUUGGCAGUGCAGAGACGCUUGUUUCUACUCUUUCAUUUCCUGAAUGUUUCAUUCAUUGGUAGAUAAUAGGUGUUACACCAAAUCAAACCCACCACAUUCUUUUAGUGGCUAUUAAAUCAUAUGCUGGAGGCAUCUUUGUAAUUCAAAUCUUAAGCAGUCCAGGUGGAAUAGUCAAAAUGUAAAAAGAUGUUUAGGUAUCAUAAUAUAUGUAAUGGAUACAGCCCUCUCAUGGAAAAUACCUGGAAUUCAGUUAAUGUCCAGUAUUUCAGGAUUAAUUACUGGGAUGUCCUUUUGCAUCUAGAGUAAAUAAGAAACUCAUUGGGGCUAGAUGAGAUCAGAAUUGGGCUUUUCUCUAAGAAAUUAAAGCGGUCUGCUGUUGCAGCAGUGCAGCAACACUUUAUUUUGUUCUUUCCAAGGCACACAGAGCUUUGCAAGUAGCUUGCUGACACUGAAAGCAGCCAGAAUUGAGUGGGAUAUUUUGUUCUCAGUGACCCUUUCUUCUUGACGAAUAUAUGCUAUAUAUGGCACAAAUUGACUUGGGAGAUAACCAGUGAUUACUCCUCUGAAGACAAGGCAGUUGUCAAGAGGCACGAGCUAUAUGUACAUCUUUCGGAGAAGAUGCUUGCCCUCUAUCUGCCAUUCUUUUUGGUUAGAUAAUGAGGAUCCUUUAUACUUCUAUGAAUGUCAAAUGAUAGUUUGAAACAUAUAUACAAACUUUUGCAUGAGACAUGCAUUGCCACUGUGAGCAGGCACAGAGCUUGGCUGUAAUUACUGUGUAACAAUGUGCAAUCAAAGUACUCUGUAGAAGUUAGAUGACCCUCAGUGUGCUGCCAUUGUUGCAAAGUAGGUUUGUUGUUUUAUGCCAUUCUAUUAAUUUCUUGUUUCUAAACCUUUUAUCUUGUCACUAGGCUGCUCUUUGGAGUAUAUUGCACUCGAUUAGGGAUCGGUUCUCAGAAUCAAGGAGUUAGAAGUGAUAUUUGAGAUAAGUGAGGCCCAUUCGGUGCUGCUUUGGACGCCUCCGAAGGGGAAAUGGAGUUAUCAGGAAUGAAAAAGAAGAGUUUGCUAGGACUCAAAGAAAAUAAUAAAAAAUCCAACACUAGGGCUCCCUCACCAACCAAGCGCAAGGAUAGGUCUGAAGACAAAUCAAAGGACCGGUCCAAGGAUAAAGGAGCCACCAAGGAAUCAAGUGAGAAGGAUCGUGGUCGGGACAAGACACGCAAAAGGCGCAGUGCUUCCAGUGGGAGCAGCAGUACCAGAUCCCGCUCCAGCUCAACUUCUAGUUCAGGGUCCAGUUCCAGCACUGGUUCAAGCAGUGGUUCUAGUUCUUCUUCUGCCUCAAGCCGAUCUGGGAGCUCUAGCACCUCUCGCAGUUCCAGUUCCAGCAGCUCCUCUGGAUCCCCGAGUCCAUCUCGACGGAGACAUGACAACAGGAGACGCUCCCGCUCCAAAUCUAAGCCACCCAAGAGAGAUGAGAAAGAGCGGAAGAGGCGGAGCCCCUCACCCAGACCUACAAAAGUGCAUGUUGGAAGGCUCACCAGAAAUGUGACCAAGGAUCACAUCAUGGAAAUUUUUUCCACUUAUGGAAAGAUAAAAAUGAUUGACAUGCCAGUCGACAGACUAAAUCCACAUCUCUCUAAAGGUUAUGCCUAUGUGGAGUUUGAGAAUCCUGAUGAUGCUGAGAAAGCCCUGAAACACAUGGAUGGGGGUCAAAUUGAUGGUCAGGAGAUCACUGCCACAGCUGUUCUGGCACCGCGGCCUAGACCACCUCCCAGACGUUUUAGCCCACCCAGGAGGAUGCUGCCACCACCACCAAUGUGGCGUAGGUCACCCCCUCGCAUGAGGAGAAGGUCCCGGUCUCCUAGGCGCAGAUCCCCUGUUCGCCGGCGAUCGAGAUCCAGAUCUCCUGGACGAAGGCGCCACCGCAGCCGCUCCAGCUCAAACUCUUCACGAUAAAGCAAAAAGACUGGACAGCUUUUUAUUUUUUAACUUAAAUCCCAUCAAACUAAAUAUUGUACCUUUUUUUAUAAUGGGUCUGGGUGAGGAGGAGUGAGAGGUAGAUUCCUGGCAGUGAAGGCAACCUAAGAGGAGAGAGUGCAGUUCCUAGCCAAUAGAUAGCCUUUGCUGUGGGGCUUCUAGUUUCCUGGCAUUUAAUUGAAAUUAUUUAAAAAUGGCUUUGAUUUAAAGGCUGCAAAUAUGACAUCUCUUCCAGAUAAAUGGGAGGAAAGAUGCUAUAGCCUCUCUCUCACCAGUCAGCAGGCUGCUGCUUGAUUUCUAAAUGCUUAGCUUGCUGUACAGACAAGCAUGUGAAUCUCGAAUUAUUUUGGAAGCCCUGUAUAGUAAGAAAGGGAAGCGUUUCACCCGGUCUCUAGGUGUCAGCACAGGAUCUUCAGAACAGCUGGAGUCCAGAUUACAAAACCUGUCUUAGACUAAAAUAGUGAAUUGUCAUUUGAUUCCACUUCCCAAACAGAUUAAUUUCUGCAUAGUGUUGAAGACUAAACUUCCGUCAUAAAUACACAAAUUGAACAACCAGCAGAAUCAACGGCUUCUGUCUAGCCAACUAUUAUACAUGUUAGAAAUGAAGCUGGAGAUCUAAGAACUGGUUUGUAGCUGCCCCCUUAAAUGAUUCCUUUUGCCUUUCCUGAAGGGUUUUGGUUUAAAAAUAAAUAAAUAAAUAAAAUCUCCUACCCCUCCGGUCCCCCAGCCUGUGAAAUGGUGCAAGUGCUUCUGCUUUUACAAAUCUGCUCAAGUUAGCAACUGAGUAUCAGCCCCCCGGAAACUGCAAGGCAGAGAGGGAGGCCUGAGGCUGUGAUGCUGUUUGGAUUAAAUAGGUUCACAUUGGAAAAGGCAAAGAAUUUACUGCCUGUUGUACAGUCAAUACUAUAAAGUUUGGGGGUUUUUUCUUUCCCUUUUUUUUUUUUUUUGUAUAACUUUGUAGCCUUUUGGGCCAUGUUGUGUUUGUACUUGUGUAGGAUGAGCGACCAUUGAAUAAAGCAGUAGGGUUGAGAAUAA